AUGUCCGCCACCGACAGAUGCAUUAUCAUCAUCACUACCAUCGCUACCGUCUUGACUCGUAGCCUGCCUCUAUCGCCAUCGUCCAUCAUCGCACUGGAGCACGCAGACACCACCGACAUCCCUAUCUACCCACAUGUGGCACGACGACGUGCAAUCCGCCCAACCAUGCAGCCACCCCGUUCUUCACGGGAUCAUCCCACCUCUCACAGGUGUAAGCAUACGCAUUUUGCCCGCUCAAACCUCUUGCCGUCGGGCUACCUCCCAGUUGCGAACAGAGUCAAGCGCGUGCCUAGAAGAAACGGCACUAGCAUCGCCAGUCGCGGCAACUCGACCGUCGGGCAAACUAGCAAGGGGGUGUGGAUAACCACCGGUAAGGGAAUGUCGUCUACGCAGGGGGACGACCCAUUGCAGUAUGAGGAGAACCCAUCAGUGCACCGGGUCAUGGUGGUGCAUGGAGUACGUCAAGGAACCACUCGACGACUGGCAGACAUCACACCUCCAAGCUGUAGCGGAUGUGGCCUGGGGCGACCGUGGCGGGACUAA